GUGAGUGUGUAUGGUGCGGGGUGGAACAGUUCGCGGAUGUAAUUUCUGCUGGGGACGAGUUUAAGGCCAAUAAUUUUGCAAGUAGCAAAUUGCGGGGCGAUUUUCCUCUGCGGGUGGGAGUACAAACGUGCAAUAGAUUGUGGAAAGCGCCAUAUCGCCAGUGUCCAAGUUGCAUGGGUGCAUGACCGCAAGGAAAAGCGAGGGGGAGGUAACGAGGAAGGCCGGUGAAGCGCUAGAAAUUCGGCCCCUAGCGAGUGUGCGUGAAAAGUGUCCAAGUGAAGUAACUGCACACAAGAGGCCCGAAUUUUCCUCUGGCUCUGGCUUGAAUUAUCCUUCGGAUUCGUCGGCGUAUUUUCAGCCCGCGAGGAAUCUCAUAGUGAACCAUUUGCGGCAAGUGCAAAUCGCGGAUCUCAUGGACCGAAGGUGAAUCAGUGCGCGGAUCGGAGAGAGAGAGGAGGAAAAAGUGUUCUUUGUUUGCACCCAGCUGCAGCAGCAACAGCAGCAGCAGCUUCUCGUCAAAGUUGCAGGCUCGUGAGCACACAUAUCACCGCCCCACCCCCGCAAGUGCACGCAUACCCGGGCUGAAGCGCAGUAACAGCCACCGUUAGCAAUCCCGGAAGCAGGAACGAUGGAUGCUGAUUCGGAGAAGCAACCGUUGCUCAAGCAAUCUCAAACUUCGCAGGAUGCAGGAUCAGCACAGCUUGUGAAUGCAUCGCCCAUCGGCCCGGACGAGGUGCCGCCCUCGUACCAACAGGAACAGCAAAAUAGUAUUAUCGUUACGUGUCGGGUCUGCCAGGCGCUGAUCGACAUCUCGUGGAAAAAGGAGCAGCAUGUCGUGAAGUGCACGCAGUGCAAUGAAGCAACGCCCAUUCGGAAUGCACCGGCUGGAAAGAAGUACGUUCGGUGCCCAUGCAACUGCUUGUUGAUCUGCAAGAGCUCUUCCCAACGGGUCGCCUGCCCGCGUCCCAACUGCAAGCGCAUCAUCAAUCUGGCCCCCAGCCCAGUCACCCCACCACUAUUGCCGAUGCCAGGGAUGUGUCGCGUUAUCUGUGGUCAUUGCCACGAUACGUUCUUGUUUGAUACACUGAAGAACAACCUGGCCAGAUGUCCCCACUGCCGGAAGGUGUCGUCUGUUGGGGCAGAGUUUUGCCGCAGGCGUCGUAACCUUCAUCUGCUGGGAGGCAUGAUAUUUUUGGCGAUCGCCAUCGGUGUAACGUUUGCGACCUACACCUAUGCAAGGAGCUACAGUGGCAUAUUCGUGGCGUACAUUAGCCUCUUCCUCAUCUCGCUGCUGUUGUUUGGUAAGACACUCUACUAUUCGUCGCUGAAGAUAAGCAACAUUGAUGGCCCCUUUACGACGCCGACCACAUAAGCGUUCUCUCGGUACGGCAAAAGCUAACCCUCUAGCUACUCGCGCCAAGCUCUGCAAAAAACACAUUCCACCAAACACCUUCGCUUCGUUCUACAGUAUGGUGUCUGUAAUGUUUCUCCGCGGUUCGACUUUAAAAAGAGUCGAGCGGAGGAGUAUAGGCCGAGGAUGGUUAGCAUGCACUAUUGGAGUAAUACACAUAGAUACGACACGAGCCAACGUGAAUGAACAGUACAGAUGGGAAAUUGUUCUCCAUCGUUAGGGUGAAAAAUAAGAGAAGGGAUAACACUAAGCAUAUUACACAACAUCAAACAUUCGGAAUCAAUAAGAAAGUAACAGUUCAGAGGGAAGCACCGUUGGCGGCGGAAAGUGCAGUUUAAAAAUCACUCGCGUUGGUCGAUCUGCAAAUUGUGCAAAUCCGUUAUAAUAACUCUCAGACAAAAUAUUGUUGAAGAGGACACACGUGGUGUUUAUGGGUAAUGGUAUGUACGCCUAUCACAGUUUGCCAAAUGCCGCAACUGUUCAUUUGCAAAGCUUUGUUUAAAGAUAUCGGUAGAAUUAAGAAUUUAAUCAAUCAGCAUCAGUUUAUUAUCCGAGCCCACCUGUUUUGCGGAAUGAGAUAAAAAAUGGAAAUUCCCCCUUCCUCUAUAGAAAUGCCAAUGAAAAUGGCUAAUCCAACAGCUAAUCGAAGACCGAAAAUAUUGCCCUUGUCUGUAUGAUUGUGUCAGUAUAGUUCAUUUACUCUUUAUGCAUUAUAUUGCUUGCUUGUUUUUGUCUCUUUUUGUUUUCGGUUUUAAUAUGUCGUCACUGUAUUUUUUUUUAUCGUGCUAUACAGCACAACUGAUCACAACAAUACUGGUUGAACAAAUUGUUAAAAGGAAAUAACAACCAUUUACCCGAGAGAGUUAACGAAAUUCCUCUAAUUUCUGCAUGUUGCUUUUGGUAGAACCGCUAAGCGUAGUAAAACACAGAGAUCGCUCGUUCUAUGCGAUGUGUUUCGCGUGCUCGCUCAAACAGCGGACCGAUCAUGCGUUGGGUUUUGUGCAAAGUUUCCAAACCGAAGGAAAGAACGCAGCAGGUACAAACGAACACUUUCUAUUCGACUGCGGGGAACAUGUAUUCAUUAGAGUCUUAUACAUACAUAAACGCAUUCAUAAACACUCUACCUACAAUAAUAUACAGUAAAAAAGGCAAUCUAUAAUGCAUACUCAUACGAAAUCUGGAGUAAAAGGAGAUUGCGUGGAAGCUGAGUGUCGUGGAUGAUCGAUCAUCCUCCUUCCUUUGCUGUCCUAUUUUUUUUUCUUCAUUUAACAUCAUGAGGAUAGCUUCUUUUCACACUUCUUCCUCCGAUCAUUGGCUCCUGGCUUAUACAUUCUAUUAAACUUGCGAUGUGCGCCUACUAGCUCGUUGAUCACCUAGAUCAAUCUUUAGAAGUUAGGCGAUUUCUUAUGCAUAAUCCACUUCGAUGCUGAUUUCUAGUGCAACUAUACUAUUGACGCCAUCACUGCGCCCUAUUAGUAUCUGAUAUUAUUUGUAACAUGUAACAAAAUGGCAAGAUAAAGAAAGAAGGUGGUUGAUAGGCACCGAGCUGGCCUUAGAAUUGCGCUACGGUUUGGAGGAGGCUAUCAACAGUUAGAAAUGAAAUCAAACAGCUGACAAUGGGCAGGAAGCGGGGUAAGCGAUGCGCUAGUAGUCGUUGUGUUGUGCGAAAGAACGUAUGAUUUGCUUUAAGGAAAAUAGCGAAAACCGAUGGCGAUAAGACGUAGGCCAAAACGUAGGAUAACAUCAGCAGGAGGCGGCAACGGUAAGCAAAAAGACGGUAUGUAAAGUAUGCAAUGCAAAAAUAAAAGUAAUUUAGAUACAUUUA